GCCCAGGUGAGAGCCGGCGGCCAUCGCGCCGCUCCGACCGCCGCCGACCGCCCGCAGGUAAAUCAACUUAAUCUGACUCUUUGGGAGAAGAGAAGCUAUUCACUUGCAUAAUUAAUAUUUCAUUAAAUAUAACAGUGUCCUCCCAGAACUCAAGAUGUUUUCAAUGUGAGCACAGACAGCAUCAGAGGCAGAGCUGAAAGGAUCAGAGGUCCUGCUGGGAGUGCGCCCCUGGGAUGUGCUUACCCUGGUAUUACAGUCAGAUGCAUAUGACCCUUUCUACUCUCGAAUUGCAAGAUUAAAAAAGUUAUUCUGAGUAAUUCCAAAAACGCCCUUCAACAUGCCUGAAAAUCCUGCUGCAGAUAAACAGCAGGUGCUGCAGAUCCUUGAUCGUCUGCAAGCAAAACUGUGUGAGAAGAGAGAUUCCCAACACAAUGAAAACCUGACUGUUUUACGUAACACACUCAGGAGCCCUUUGUUUAACCAGAUACUGACUCUCCAGCAAUCCAUCAAGCAACUGAAGGAACAACUGAAUUAUAUGCCUUCUGACCGUUCAGUAGAUUUUGAUUUUACUAAGAGAGGGCUACUAGUGUUUGCUGACAAAUCAGUUGCUGCUGGGAGUGUGAAUACACCUUGCAGUUUGCCUGAACCCAAAGCAUCUACCUUCACUCCAAACCUAGGAGUUAAUGAAUUUAACACAAUCAUCCAACAGAUGGCAAAGGGGAGACAAAUAGAAUCAAUAAAGAUUGAAAAGCCUUCUGUUGGAGGUCUUGGAUUUAGUGUGGUUGCCCUUAAAAAUCACAGCUUGGGAGAAGUUGGUAUCUUUGUCAAGGAAGUCCAGCCAGGAAGCAUAGCCGACAGGGAUCAAAGACUAAAGGAAAAUGACCACAUACUGGCCAUUAAUUGCACCCCAUUGGAUCAGAACAUUUCCCAUCAGCACGCUAUUGCCCUCCUCCAGCAAUCCACAGGAUCUCUACAUCUGGUUGUUGCUAGGGAGCCAGUUCAAGGAAACAGCAGAGCUUCGGCUGUCUUAUUAAGUGAUAUAAAUCCACCUGAGACUAUUCACUGGGGCCAUGUUGAAGAUGUUGAGCUGAUUAAUGAUGGUUCAGGAUUAGGCUUUGGAAUUGUAGGAGGAAAGUCGAGUGGAGUAGUUGUAAGAACAAUUGUUCCUGGGGGAUUAGCAGAUCGGGACGGGAGGCUUCGGACAGGAGAUCACAUCCUACAGAUUGGAGGGACCAAUGUGCAAGGAAUGACCAGUGAACAAGUUGCUCAAGUGCUGAGAAACUGUGGGAAUUCUGUUAGGAUGAUAGUUGCAAGAGACCCGAAGUAUGAAAUUAUGGAGACUCCACCAGCUCCUGUGAGCUGGCCAGUCAGUACAUUACCUUCUUUUCAAAAUGGAAAUGAUAAUACCAACCUUUUUGAGACCUAUGAUGUUGAACUUAUAAAAAAGAAUGGGCAAAGCUUGGGGAUAACAAUUGUUGGAUAUGCUGGCACAAGUGAUGUAGAACCUUCAGGGAUUUUUGUAAAAAAUAUAAUACCUGGUAGUGCUGCUGACCACAAUGGCCAAAUUCACGUUCAUGACAAAAUUGUUGCUGUUGAUGGAGUUAGUAUACAGGAUUAUACCAACCAAGAAGUGGUAGAGGCAUUGCGUAACACAGGACAGACUGUACGCCUUACCUUACUUAGAAGGAAACCUUCUUCUACUAUUUCUUCGGAAAGACCUUCAGAUAGAGUGCAACCUGUUCCAACCUUUGUGUCACCUGGAGCUGUAGGGACUGAAACUAGUGUGGACACUAAGAAUGAGGAAAACCAAGAACAGAAGGAUAAUCUUAAAAAUGACAAGAAGCAGAGUCUACAUAAAACAGGAAGAGUCCCACUCCCUCCAGCACAUGAGCUGAAAUCCAAGUGGGAGAACCUGCUGGGACCUGAAUACGAAGUUAUGGUUGUGAAUGUGGAUAUGCCCAUUACAAAUGAUUUGGAGCUCCAGAAGUACUCAAAGCUAUUACCCAUCCACACUUUGAGAUUAGGAGUUGAGCUUGACACGUUUGAUGGACAUCAUUAUAUAUCAUCAAUUGCUUCAGAUGGUCCAGCUGCAACACUUGGUCUUCUGCAACUGGAGGAUGAACUUCUGGAGGUAAAUGGAGUUCAGCUAUAUGGAAAAUCACGCCGUGAGGCAAUCACUUUUCUGAAAGAAGUGCCACCCCCAUUUACAUUGGUUUGCUGUCGGCGACUUUUUGAUGAUGGCAGUGAGUCUCUCGUGGAUGAACCCACCGUGGGAGUUUCCCCACCAGAGCAAAUGGUGAAACCCAAGGAAGAUAUUAAUCCUGAGGAGGAAGAAGGGGAAUUAGCAUUAUGGUCUCCUGAUGUGAAGGUUAUUGAACUGGAGAAGGACAAAAAUGGUUUAGGAUUCAGCAUUUUAGACUAUCAGGAUCCCUUAGAUCCAACAAGAACAGCCAUUGUGAUCAGCUCUUUGGUGCCAGGCGGAGUAGCCGAACGUGGGGGCGAGCUUUUACCAGGUGACCGCUUGGUGUUUGUAAAUGAGAAAUAUUUGGACAGCGCCACUUUAGCAGAGGCAGUGGAAGUGUUGAAAUCUGUGCCCCCAGGUACAGUUUCUCUUGGAAUCUGCAAGCCUUUGGUGGGAGAAAGCAAAGAGGAGGAGAAGAUGCACACUGUCAAUUCCAGCAACAUUAAAACCAGCCCUGGAUCUCCAGAACCAGUAGAUAAUAUUCAUUUCUCAAUAAUACUUGAAGCACCACAGGGUUUCAGAGAUGAAACACCUUUUAAAGAAGAACUUGUUGAUGAACCAAGUUUGGACUUGGGAAGGUCAUUUCAGCUUUCUCAAAAUGACAAUGAGUAUGAGAAGGAGUCUUGGGAGAUGCAUGAGUUUCUGAAACCCAGAACAGAAGAAAUGGAUGAAGAACGGGAAAUGUUGGUGGAUGAUGAGUAUGAAGAAGAUUCAGACUUCCUGAAAUGUAACGCAUCAUGUGGACAGAAGGCAAGUUCAGAGAGGAACCUCGAUACAGAACGAUGGGCAAAGCAACUUGAGACUACUGAAAAACAAGACUUAAGAUCCAGUGCUACCUUAAGUCCAAAACAGUCCCUGGAAUAUCCAUUCAAUAAAGAUCAAAUGUGUGAAGAAAAUGCUAGUACGAGUUCACUAUUUUCUGGAACCACAGCACACAGUGGCCACCAAAAAGACAUAUUUGAUACUGAAACUACCCAGUCAGGAGCAAAAAACAAGAUGGAUUUAGGUACAAAGCUUCAGAUUGACUCGAAAGGACCUGGACUUGCUGUUGAUCUGGAAGCUAUUGAAAAGGAAGAAUUAAAAGGGGAGGAUUAUGUUUUUUCCAAGAACCCGGAAUCCGGAACAGUAACCACCUUAGCUCAGCCUGGAACAGCAUUGUACAGUGAAUUACCUGAGAGAGAAGAAGGAGAAGGAGAAGAAACUCCAAACUUCAGCCACUGGGGACCACCACGGACUGUUGAGAUCUUUAGAGACCCUCACGUGUCUCUUGGAAUCAGUAUUGUUGGUGGACAAACUGUCAUAAAGCGCCUGAAGAAUGGAGAAGAACUUAAAGGGAUCUUUAUCAAACAAGUUUUGGAAGACAGCCCAGCAGGAAGAACAAGGGCUUUAAAAACUGGAGAUAAAAUACUUGAGGUUUCUGGGAUAGACCUACAAAACGCCACACACGAGGAAGCAGUAGAAGCUAUCAAGAAUGCGGGAAAUCCUGUCGUGCUUGUAGUUCAGGGUUUGUCUAACAUACCAAAAGUAGUUUCUGUCGUGCAGCCUAAGGGAAUCAAAGUCAGCAAAGAUCAGGAUGCAGACAAAGAAAAUAAGAGUGAAAAGAGAAAAUAUGGGGCUCCGCCUCCAAUGAAAUUACCACCUCCUUACAGAGCACUUGAAAGACUGCAUGCAGAGGAAGCUAACGUGGAUGAAGAGGAGGAUGAGGAUGCUUGUGCAGAGAAAAAAAUCAGGCAAAGAUAUGCUGAUCUACCAGGAGAGUUGCACAUUAUUGAGCUUGAGAAAGACAAAAAUGGGCUCGGACUGAGUCUCGCUGGCAACAAGGACCGCUCUCGUAUGAGCAUCUUUGUAGUUGGUAUCAAUCCAGAUGGACCUGCAGGACGAGAUGGAAGGAUGCAUAUUGGCGAUGAACUUCUAGAGAUAAACAAUCAGAUAUUAUAUGGAAGAAGUCAUCAGAAUGCUUCUGCAAUCAUUAAGACUGCCCCAUCAAAGGUCAAGCUAGUUUUCAUACGAAGUGAAGAUGCAGUCAAUCAGAUGGCUGUUACUCCUUUCCCAUUACCUUCCAGCUCCCACUCUUCUAUUGAGGAUCACGGUGGCACUGAACCUGCAAGCAGCGAAGAAGACCCGAGUUUGGAAGUUGUCAUGAAAAGCUUGACUGAUGAGGAAUCCAACAAAGCUGAUGUGAAAUGUAAAGCUGACAAAUCAGUGGUGGCAGAGCAGCAGGAAAUGGAGGAGCAGCUCCCGGAAAAUGUCCUCAACCAGAUCAAACAAUCCAAAUCUUCAAGAAAAGUACCAGUCAGCUUACAGGAGAUACCCCUGGUGCCAGCACCUACUUAUCUUUCUCCAGAGGCAGAAGUCACCAGCCGUAGUGUUCUUCCACCUCCAUUGCCUGUGGAUCCAGCAACAUGUCCAAUAGUUCCGGGGCAGGAGAUGACUAUAGAGAUAUCUAAGGGUCGGUCAGGCCUAGGACUCAGCAUCGUCGGGGGCAAAGACACUCCACUGGACGCCAUAGUGAUCCAUGAAGUUUAUGACGAAGGGGCAGCAGCCCGAGAUGGCAGGCUUUGGGCUGGCGAUCAAAUUCUGGAGGUGAACGGGAUCGAUCUGCGGAAUGCCAGCCAUGAAGAAGCUAUCACUGCGCUGAGACAGACACCCCAGAAGGUGCAGUUGGUUGUUUAUAGAGAUGAAGCGCAUUACAAAGAUGAAGAAAACUUGGAGAUUUUUUAUGUAGAUAUACAAAAGAAAACGGGGCGAGGACUAGGGCUCAGCAUAGCUGGAAAACGAAAUGGAAGUGGAGUGUUUAUCUCUGACAUUGUUAAAGGAGGAGCUGCAGACCUAGAUGGAAGAUUAAUUCAAGGAGAUCAGAUUUUGUCUGUAAAUGGAGAGGAUAUGAGAAAUGCCUCACAAGAGACUGUUGCCACCAUACUUAAGUGUGCCCAAGGCCUAGUACAUCUUGAGCUUGGGAGAUUGCGAGCUGGAUCAUGGCUAUCAUCACGGAAAACAUCUCAAAACAGUCAGGCGAGCCAACAGAGUGUCCAUAGCCACUUCCACCCUGCGCUUGCUCCGGUCCUCUCUACCUUACAGAAUUUUGUCGGCACAAAAAGAUCUUCAGCAGAUGUGUCUCAGAGAAACUCAGUAGGAGCAGAUAUGGGCCCAAGGACUGUGGAGAUAACAAGGGGACCAAAUGACGCACUUGGUAUCAGUAUAGCAGGAGGGAAGGGAAGUCCAUUAGGAGAUAUUCCCAUCUUCAUUGCUAUGAUUCAAGCCAGCGGUGUGGCUGCACGUACCCAAAGACUCAGAGUUGGAGAUCGGAUUGUCAGUAUUAAUGGGCAACCUUUGGAUGGGCUGUCUCAUGCAGAUGCGGUUAAUCUACUAAAGAAUGCUUAUGGGAGCAUUAUCCUGCAGGUUGUGGCUGAUACCAACAUCAGUGCCAUUGCUACCCAGCUGGAGAGCAUGUCUGCAGGAUGCAACCUUAACUCUUCUUCUGACCAUCCUUCUGAAGAUCCCGAAGCACCUCAGCCUAAGAUUAUUACUUUGGAGAAAGGCUCUGAUGGACUGGGAUUUAGUAUUGUAGGGGGGUAUGGAAGUCCCCAUGGAGACCUGCCCAUUUAUGUCAAGACUAUAUUUGCCAAGGGAGCAGCUGCGGACGAUGGCAGACUGAAGCGUGGUGAUCAGAUUUUAGCAGUUAACGGGGAAGCUUUGGAAGGUGUUACUCAUGAGCAAGCUGUAGCUAUUCUGAAGCGCCAGAAAGGAACUGUAACAUUAACGGUGUUAUCAUGAAUGUCAUUGCGCUUGCGGAGAUAAAAACAAUUAUUUUAGAACAUCAGUAGAGCUAUAAUAAUACUGCUCAGCCCUGAGCAGGAUGUAAAGCAAACCCUGGCAAAAAUGAAUUAGUAUUCACCCCAUUGCCAGAAAGGGUAGUGUGCAUCUCGAGCUUCAUUUAGCCUUCCGCAUUUAUCAACCUUUCUCCCCACCCUCCCCUACUUCUGGUGGCUUUUGAGGUUUCUCUGGACAAGUUUAAUUAAGAAACUUCAAAGAACAAUAUCCAUUUUAGUUUAUUUAUACAUCAGUUUAUCCCCACUAGUCUGAACCCCAGUUACAAUCGCUGAACCUGGAAUCAGUUCGCACACAAAAGAGAAUUUAGAUCAUCAACUGAUCUCAUCUGAUGAGCAGAAAUAAAUGCCGAGUGACUUGUCAUCUCACUCAUGAUUUACUUAUGCUAAUUGUCCUUUCAAGUAUGCCAGAAAACAUUAGCAAUGUAAUUAAAUUACCACUGUUCCAAAUGAUGAAAUAUCAAAUUCUCCUCUGGGAAAUUAUUUGUGCUCGGCACAGUAAGUCUGAUAGUCAAAUGUGAACUUCUCAUGUUUAUCUCUUUGGGUAGGUCUCUGGAAGUUAGUCAGAGGUAAUUACUGUGAUGUGUCAAUUUGCAGCCUUUAGCAUGAAAAAUAAACUAGGGGAGAGGGAAAUCUAUUUUUUUAGGCUUUUAAAAUGUUUGAGCCUUUUCAGAUAUUUAGGCAGCAUGAACAACAACAACCUAUCUUGUUCUAUUCUAAUUAUAUUUUUAAAGAAGAAGAAACGUGCUGAUAUAUGCCAGGCAUGUUGCAUACAAAGGCAGUUGUUGUUGUGCCAAGUUGCAGCAUAAUUGUUCAUCCUGAAACUUUAAUGAAGACAAAAAGUUUGCUUCGGCAAUGUGAUCCUGUAAUUCUAGUAAUGAUGGUGAGCGGUCCCUCUGCACGUUGUCUUUAAGGCUAGAUGAAGUUAAUCCGAACUAGCAAACCGUUUUACAUUUCCAAGAGUCUCCCCAGGAUCAGAUAGUGCAGGAAAAGUCUUUCACGGAUCACAGAGGAUGCUUCUCUCUUGGGGCUGCUGGAGUUCAAUUUUGGAUAAUACCAAAUAAUACCAGGCAAUGGUGAGAUGAUCGCUGCAGAAGACCGCUGCAGCAGUUUAAGAAGAUGUCCUGCGAGUCGGACGGCUCAGUCGAAGCCCCCGACUAUUUUUUUGUUUUAAGUUAAGCCAGGCAAGAGCAUGCUGAAGCUGACAAGGAGCCUUCCCAAGCCCUGUCCCGCUCUGCGUGGUGGAGGUGGGAUGCAGGAACGUUCAGCCGAAAGUUAGCAACUUCGUUACGUGUCGCAGCCAUUCCUGCAGUGAUUAUAUGACCGUGGCCUUAGUGAUUUAGCAAAUGAAUUUGGCAGGCAGAUUAAUGGCAAUGCAAGUCAUUGUGGUUUAAUCUUCCUAUCCAGAGGAACACUAGGGUUUUAGAGGAAGCAGCCCAGUCUGAUUUGGACUAUUUGGUAUAAUUUAUAAUGAUGAUGUAGCUGGGAGAAAUUAAGAGGGGGGGGGGUGAGUGUCAAAAUUGGCUGCUCAUUUUAUGUGAAAAAUCCCUGGAAUUAAGUGGAAAGAAGAUUCAAAAUCUGCAGUAUAAAAACUGAGUAGUGCAGGGUUUGUGUUAAAGGUACUGUUGUUCACUAUGUUUUAUCUAGAGUGGGUAUUUCCCUAUUUUACAUGAAAGAACAGGUACUGAAGCGAGAUGAACUACACUGAAGCAAGCUGUGGUUAGCUCUCGUUGAAACGGUUUUCCUUCUUUCAUUGAAAAGUUUUCUUUAGGUAAUCACAAAGUGCAUUUAGCCUGCUGGAACAAUUAGUGGGUAUUCCAUUAGCAGUGCCUGGAAGAGACUUCCCAUUUUCGAUGGAUUCCCACUGUACUAUUUGAUUUGCCAAGUGAAGUGUUAGUGGAAACUUGAUUGUAGAUGCACAGAAAUAUGUCCAGAUGUAGCAAAUGGGAGAAUUUUUAACAAACUGCCUUUGGUUGCAAAAGUAUCCAAGGUAUGCAGAAGUUAAAGGCGGGUAGGUGAAAUGUGAACAGGUACCCACAGAAAUACUGUAUGGAAUCUAUGAACAAAAUGUAAUGAUUCCUCUGUCUGAUUAUGUUUUUAUAACUGUUGCAUUCCUACUUUAAGAUGUUGCCACAUUUAAUCUAUGAAGUUUUACACAGCUAUUUAUUAGCCUAUUAUGCACAUACUGUUCGUAUACAUAAAGAAUAGAAUUUAUGGGCUGAGGUAUUUUGCACUUCUCAUUGCUCAGAAUGAGAGAGAACAUUUUCUGCUUCUUGUAAUUUGCACUUUGUGUGUUGAAUAUAUUACUGCCAAAAAUUAUAUUGCAACUAAUUGAUAAACCAGUGACCAUGCGGAGAAGCGUGUGCUGUAUGUACAGGACCAAGUUAGACAAUUAAAUUUGCAUUACGCUUGUCUGUUGAGGUGUUCUGGUUUGUUUAAAACUUUAUUUCUGUGCAAGGGAAAAAGCAAUUAAACCUCCUGAUUGUAUGUUUACGUAUAUCAGUAAAAUGAGACAUUUUAUGACUUCAAAGAUUCUAAAUAAAGCUCGGUUACAUAA